AUUACUUUGCAAUGGGAUCCUUUUCUACAUUGUUUCCUCAAAUCCUCUUCGUAAUAGUAGUAUUAUCCAGUUGCUCCGCUAACAUUCAUGGCCAAUUCAUAACAUCCAAGGCUUCCAGACCAAAAUCCCUUGUCCUUCCGUUGACCAAAGACCCAUCUACUGGUCAACACAUCACCGAAAUCCGCCAAAGAACCCCUCUUGUCCCACUCAAACUAACCGUUGACCUCGGCGGCCGAUCCUUGUGGGUAGACUGUGACAGAAAUUACGUUAGCUCGACUUAUAGGCCGGCCAGGUGCCGCUCUGCUCUGUGCAACCUCGCCAACUCGAGAUCCUGCGGCGAUUGUUUUGACGGGCCUAAACCCGGAUGUAACAACGACACGUGUUCUCUGUUACCUGACAACUCGGUAACCAAAACCAGCACCAGCGGUGAGCUGGCAACCGACGUGGUCGCUGUCGAAUCAACGGACGGUAAGAAUCCCGGCGAUACCGUUACCGCGCCGAGGCUGGUCUUCACUUGCGGGUCAACGUUUCUUCUGGAAGGCCUUGCGAAUGGGGUAUCGGGAAUGGCCGGACUCGGGAGGGAUCCCGUCGGGCUUCCUUCCCAAUUUGCGAGCGCCUUCAGCUUUUCGAGAAGAUUCGCUCUCUGUUUGGGAUCAUCCUCGAAAGGUGUACUAUUCAUCGGAGAAGGUCCGUACAUUUUCCAACCCACCGGAGUUGACGUGUCGCAAAACCUUCACUAUACCCCGCUUUUCAUCAACCCGGUUAGUACCGCCAGCUCUUCUUUCGAAGGCGAAAAAUCCGUGGAGUACUUUGUCGGGGUGACUGCGAUUAAGGUUAGCCGGGAAGCCGUGCCGAUAAAUCCGGCGUUGUUGCAAAUCGAUAGCCAAGGCAAUGGCGGGACAAAGAUCAGCACCGUUGAUGGUUACACAGUCAUGGAAACAUCAAUCUACCGGGCCUUUACGAAUGCAUUCACGAAAGCGAUGGCCGUGUAUCCUGGGGCUCCUAGAUUGGCAUCGGUCGCGCCUUUCGAAUUCUGUUUUGACUCCACUAACUUGCCAGUUACUCGUGUCGGUCCACCGAUUCCGGGUGUUGACAUUGUUUUCCAGGACGAAACGGUGUCCUGGACGCUAUUUGGCGCAAAUUUGAUGGUGGAAGUCAAGAAAAAUGUUAUAUGCCUUGGUGUUUUGGACGGUGGUUUGAAUCCAAGAACAUCUAUUGUGAUUGGGGCACACCAGUUUGAAGAUAACCUUCUUGAGUUUGAUAUAGCAAGAUCCAGGCUUGGUUUCAGCGAGACUUUGAUAUACCGCCAAACUACUUGUUCCAACUUCAACUUCACAUCAACUGCAAGUACUACUCUUCAGGUUGUUUGAUUGAGCUUUUAGUGGAGUCCCACUGAUCCGAAUAAACAAAAACCGUGUGAGCGUUUGCCAAAUAAACUCAGCAAUCCUUGCUAUGUGC